AUGGCAAAGGAACCGUCCGCCAAGCGUCAUCAUGCCGAGACGUCGGACAAGAGCAGCAACCUCGUCGACAUUAACAUCCCCGGCGAGAAGCGCGAGUACACAACAACCCUCAAAGGGGUUGAGCUCCACGGCAAUGAGACGCUGGAGAUCGUCUGCACCAGCGUACCAGAAAAGGCCGACGAGGUGAUCUCCAAGCUCUGGAGGAAGCUUGGCGGCAGGACUCGUAGGAUCGUCAGUGUUGGUGUGCACUACACCAACGAAGAUGAACCUCCCCAGAUGGCAGCAGUCCUGCAGUUAUGCGUCGAUGAACUCUGCUUGGUGUACCACAUCGCAGCGGCCACAAAAUGGCCCAAGAGCCUGAUCGAGAUGCUGCAGCAUGAGAAGUUGUUCACAUUUGCUGGUUUCAGCAUUGAAAGUGACAAAGAGAAGCUGAAGUUGUCCGGUAUGGAGAUCAACCCCAACAAAUUCAUCGACAUUCAGCGCAAGUGGAGAGUUCCAUACACCGGAAAAGAGUACGACUCCUUGACUGAUGUUGCAGCCAGUGUCAUCGACCCAUUCUACAAAGGCAUGAAGAACAAGAUCAACACGCAGGAAGACUACAAACUGUGGGGGACCAGCGAGCUGCCAGACAACCUCAUCGAGUAUGCAGGAGUAGAUGCGUACUUCGCGUACAAGUCAUGGUUCAUGAUCGACUACAUCACAGAUGGUUCGGAAUAUGCGAAAGAGCGGGAGGCUGAAAACUUCUACGACUGCCCCUAUUGCCCCUUUACGGGAUGA